CAGCAGUCCGUGUCGCUGCUGUCGCCCUCGGGUCCGGCCGGCCUGCUGAACGGAUGUCCUCCGGUCAGCCUCACCUUGGCCUCUCUCAACAUGGAUCCCGGAAACGGACUGGGCUCGCUGAUCCCGGGUCACCACCACCCGCAGCACCACCCGCAGCACCAGCACCAGCAUCAGCAUCAGCAUCACCCACAUCUUGCGUUGGCUCCACUGGCCCUCUCCGCCUGUCCCUUCGGCGAAAUGUCCCUCUCCUCGCUACAGGUGCCGGGUUCGAAUCCGCACGCCGGUCCGCACGGCUUGGCGCAGCUCGGCUUGUCGGCCAGCCAACACGCCUGUCUUUCCGCCUCUUCUGUCUCUGGGCCCCCGGCAGCCGGUACGAUCGUCGCCAUGCCGCCCUUCCUGCCAGCCACUUCUGCUCUGCCGCCGGGUCUCGAGCCCUACGUGUGCGGGUUCGCGCCGAUCCCGGCCAGCUCCGCGCCCGGUCUGACCGAGUGCUACACGGGAGAGUCUGGAUCGUCGACGGCUUUCAUGAUAUCCGAGCUGGCCUUCUCGUCGUCGCCCUACUUUUCGACCAGUACAGCGGUUGCCACCUCAACGAUGCCGACAAGCAGUCCAAUGGUGGGACUUUUCAUGCCCUCCUCAGCGCCUGCUGGCCUCUCCGCCUCGCCGUUGGACCUCAGCCUCGACCGACCGGCCAGCAAGCCGGCUUUCGUCAGGGAGACGAGGCCUCCUGGCCUCGUUUCGGGGCUAAGAGCGAUAGAUGGACUACAACUAGUCGAGCCUGUGUACCAAAGUGAUGCAGACGGAAGCAAAUUUGGCGAGAUUUCCCCAGUCGAAAGCUCGACACAAAGCAUCUUAGCUUCCCAAAGGACCACCUCCACCCCUGCCACUGGAAUUAGCCAGACUUCCCCUUCCAGGUCAACAACUCCUUCCAAAAGGUAG